CAAAUACUAUAAAGUCCUCUUGUUAUUUUACGCCUUCUUUUCUUCUUAUUAUCAAAUUACAUUAACAUGAACUCACAAGGUGCUAAACUCGAAGAAUUACUUGAAAAGACCCAUCAAGUUACUUCUGAUGAAGAGCGUAUGAAAGUUGCUGACGAAGCCAACAAGAUCCAUGAGAAGGCUACUGGCCACCCUAUGAAGAUUGAUUCUCACGGAAAUAUCGAAGUUGAUAGCAAGGAAGCUAAGCAAUGCCCCAAGCUCCAUUAAAUAUUGUAAAUAAAGAUCAUUGUUUAUACAGAUUUUUUUUUUUUUUUUUU